UGUAUCUGGGAUUCGUUCAGCAUGAGAAGUGCUCUCCAGGCUGUGGCCCUCUGGGGAAGAAAAGCUCCUCCCCACAGCAUCACGGCUAUCAUGAUCACAGAUGACCAGCAAACAAUAGUGACUGGAAGUCAGGAGGGUCAGCUCUGCCUCUGGAGUCUCUCACCUGAACUGAAGAUUUCAGCUAAAGAACUUCUUUUUGGACAUUCAGCUUCGGUGACAUGUUUGGCAAGAGCAAGAGACUUCUCCAAACAGCCCUACAUUGUGAGUGCUGCUGAGAACGGGGAGAUGUGCGUGUGGAAUGUGAGCAGUGGUCAGUGUGUGGAGAAGGCCACCCUUCCUUACAGGCACACUGCAAUCUGUUAUUAUCACUGCUCCUUCCGGAUGACCGGCGAAGGUUGGCUGCUGUGCUGUGGGGAAUAUCGAGACGUCCUCAUCCUUGAUGCUGGAACUCUGGCUUUCCUGCACACCUUUUCCUCUUCGCAGUCCCCUGACUGGAUGAAAUGCAUGUGCAUCGUUCACUCUGUGAGAAUUCAAGAGGAUUCUCUCUUGGUCGUAUCUGUAACUGGCGAGCUCAAAGUAUGGGACCUCUCCUCGUCCAUCAACAGCGUUCAGGAAAAGCAAGAUGUCUAUGAAAAAGAAUCGAAGUUUCUUGACUCCUUGAACUGUCAGACGAUACGGUUUUGUACAUACACAGAGAGACUCCUGUUGGUGGUAUUUUCUAAAUGUUGGAAGGUUUAUGACUAUUGUGACUUUUCCCUUCUGUGGACUGAAGUCAGUAGAGACGGGCAGCUCUUUGCUGGUGGAGAGGUGCUUGCUGCUCACAGGGUCCUUGUUUGGACAGAAGAUGGUCACAGUCACAUCUAUCAGCUGCUGAACAGGUGGGCUCAGAUGGGAGCAGCGUUCAGAACAUUCAGUGGGCUUUCCAAAUGCAUAUGCCCCGCUGAUGCUGAUGGAGGAGUCCUUAAGGAGACCAUCUACCCUCACUUACUGUGCUCCACUUCUGUGGAGAAAAAUAAGGGCCUGCAUUUCGUCAUGGGCUACAUGAAUGAACGGAAGGAGCCUUUUUACAAGGUACUAUUCUCUGGAGAAGUCUCAGGAAGAAUUACACUGUGGCAUAUCCCAGAUGUCCCCAUAUCUAAGUUUGAUGGUUCUCCUAGAGAAAUACCAAUAACCACCACCUGGACUCUUCAGGAUAAUUUUGAUAAGCAUCAAACGGUGUCACAGAGCAUUGCAGACCAUUUCUCUGGGUCCAGAGAUGAGGUGGGGAUGACAGCAACCAUCACCUCAUCAGAGUACAUUCCAAAUCUUGAUAAACUCAUCUGUGGCUAUGAGGACGGGACUAUUUUCAUCACUAAGGCUCUGAAUGCUGCCAAAGCAGGACUUCUGGAAGGGGACUCUUUAUUGAAAGAUUCCCCCUGUCAUACACUUCUCAGAGGCCAUCACCAGAGCGUGACUUCAUUACUUUACCCUCACGGGCUUGCUUCAAAAUUAGAUGAAAGUUGGCUGGUAUCUGGGGAUCAAGGCUCCUGUGUGAUCCUGUGGGAUAUUUUUAGGGAAGAAAUUCUGCACACAUUCUUUUUGGAAGCUGGUCCAGUAACAAGACUUUUGAUGUCACCAGAGAACUUGAAAAUUAGUGACGGUCAGACACUCUGCUGUGUGUGUGGUGACCACUCUGUGGCUCUCCUUCACCUGGAAGGGAGACAGUGCCUCCUGCGUGCCCGGAAGCACCUCUUUCCUGUGAGAACCAUCAGAUGGCACCCAGUGGAGAACUUUCUAAUUGUUGGUUGUGCAGAUGACUCUGUUUACAUCUGGGAAAUUGAAACAGGCACUUUGGAAAGGCAUGAGACAGGAGAAAGGGCAAGGAUUAUUCUUAACUGUGGUGACAAUGUGCAGCUUGUCAGAUCUGAGCCUACACUGUCAGUGGCCUCAGAGACACACAAGCACAAGAGUGUAGAGCAGAGGUCCUCCAGUUCCCACCAACCUGGGCUGGUGCCCUGCCCUGGUCUGCAGCUGGAGUCUUCAUGUAAGGUUGCUGAUGCCACAUCAGUCCCAAGACCUUUCAAUGUCUUGCCUGUGAAAACAAAAUGGAGUCAUAUUGGCUUCCAUGUUCUCCUGUUUGAUCUGGAAAAUCUUGUGGAAUUGCUGCUCCCCACUCCCAUAAGUGAUGUUGACCACUCUGGAUCAUUCUAUGGAAGUGACAUCUUGAAGAGAGCCAAGAGCACAGUAGAGAAAAAGACAUUGACAAUGAAAAGAAACAAGGCGUCAUGUAGCUCUCUCCAGGCUGAGGCACACGCCAAGCCAAGUGGGGACAGCCUGCCCCCCGGGGACAAUAUCAGUAGAUUUCCAGAGGAGAGUGAUGGCAUUAAAAGACAGAAGAAAAUGAAGAGCUCCGAAAAGACACGCCCUAAACCAUCUAGAAAGGUUGAUGCCAGCCUCACAAUAGAUAUGGCCAAAUUGUUUCUGUCUUGUGUUUUGCCGUGGGGAGUGGAUAAAGAGUUAGACAGCCUCUGUACCAGGCAUCUCAGCAUCUUAAAGCUGCAGGGUCCUGUGUCUUUGGGGCUCGCUUCAAAUGAAGACCUCUUCUCCCUGAUGCUACCCGGGUGGGAUGCAUGCAGUACUGAAAUGAAGGAGUACUCAGGAGUAAAUCUAUUCUCCAGAAAAGUUUUGGAGUUGUCAAAUAAAUACACAGCCACUCUUCCAGACCAGACUGGAAGUCCCAGGGGCCUAGGAAAUCACUGUGAAUCUUGGCAACAAUCGGAUACUAUAGUGUAUUUACUGAGCAGACUCUUUUUAGUUAAUAAGUUAGUUAACAUGCCUUUGGAUUUGGCCUGUGAAAUGGACAGACCCUUCAAAAUGGAGUCUGUACACAACAAGGGGAAAUUUCAUGGAAGUGAUAUUUUGAAUAUAUCAAGUUUCUACGGCCACCUAAGAAAUGGUAGGAAUGAGUAUCACACACCUGAGGCUGACAUCUCACUUCUGAAGCUAAUCUCCUGUUGGAGAGACCAGGCUGUACAGGUAACUGAAGCAAUACAAGCUGUCCUCUUGGCUGAAGUUCAACAGCACAUGAAGAGUUUUAGAAAUCCACCCAUCAGUAGUCAACCAGAUCCGGUGGCAGAGCACACCAUUUGUGAAAGGCUGCGGAUCUCGCCGAAGAUGGGGUGGACUGAAGAAAUAGAGCUAUCAUAUGUGGGAAACUCCUCCCCUCUGAAAACUUCAGUCAGUCCGGUCAAGCAUGGCAGCGACUUGAACUCGGCAAACUUCCAAGAUACUGAGGACAUUCUUGACAGAUGUGUCUUGGAAGAGUCGGAGAGUGCAGGUCAGCCUAGGCAUCGUCCAUGGCUAGCGAAGGUGUGCUCCUGCAGGAUGUGCUAGAUGGAGUAUCGGAAGGGGAAUCAAAUCUGAACUAACAGAGAAGCACGAACACACUAUCUCUUUUCCAUCAAAUAAAAGCAACGCUGUCAGUGGAUUCACGAAUAUGUUAGCCAAAGUGUAUUAAAAAUGUUAUCACUGAUUGAGAAUAUCCAAAUUCUAAUUCUAGGAAAUGAUUACCUAAGUUAGUCUCCUUAUUUCUCCUUAUUUUCUGUCGUUACUUGUAACAAAGAACGCCAGCCCACAGGUAUAGAUUUAACAGUACUUCAGAGGUUCCCUUUCUCAGUGCCUGAAUUGCAGAAGCCAAAGGGGUGCACAAGACUCUCAAUUCACUGUUGCUUCAAGGUAUUUAAACCAAAACUUUAUCAGCUUUGCCACGUUGAGCUUGGACAUAUUGUUUUAGUGGGUGCUUCAGUUCCAACCAACCUUUGCACGUCACAUCCUUAAACAUGAAAUGUCCUUUAGUCAAUCUGUGGCAUACAAGGGUGUCUAAUUUUGCAAGGUCCAAUCAGUCUGGACCUCUAAUGACACCGUGGUGAUUGUCUUUAAUUAAAGGUUGAUGUUAUUAGCCUUGUAACCUAAACUGGGGGAGGGGAUUCUACUUACAACAUACCACAGUUCGUUCUUUGUUAGUUUAUAAACAUCUACAGUUCUUUUCCCAGAAAGAGGCUGGGCUAGCAGGAAUUCUAAAACUAAAAAAUGCAAAGCAGUAUCAACAGAAAUGGGCGUAAAGUGCUCAUCUGUUAAACCGAUCUGAAUUAUGUGCUAUGACUUUUAUUGAAUGAUUCCUUAAUUUAUAGAAAAUCAUCAAAGAUUAUUAACAUAUAUCUAAAUGAAUAGAAA